ACAAAAUGAGAGCACAAGACGAGUCACUGUCAGAUUGCAGCUUGAUCGGCUUGCGGAUCCCGACCUCGUGACUGCUUACCGGGGAUAUUGUGCGUGGUGUGCCAUUAACGCGUUCUUCAGUGCUCUGCUCUGCAUUGCAUUGGUUUCUCUACGCAACUCUCUUGACACAAUCGAGCAACAUGUCUGAUGGCUCGAGGCUAAGGCAGUCAUGGUACGACGCCUUGAAUGGCGCCGAAACGCAUUUCCGUCAAAUGCUCACCUCUUCCUCGUCUGCGGAAUGGAAGAGAGUAUCGGCCUCCACUGACACUUCGCCCUCGAAGAAGGGCAAAGCACGAGCUCCGUCUAUCCCUGAGCCAAGCGACGUGAUCAUCCACCGGAACUCAAGUAAAGCAGGAGGGGACGUCUAUCGUCUGGUCCUCGACGUCCCUACAGGCGACGAAUACGUAUCCCUCGAACCUUGGAAGGCUGUUUUGACUACGCCCGAACUGAGGACGGAAUGGGAUCCUGCGGUGGAGGAGGCGCAUUUGGUGGAGAUUUUUGAUCAUAACACACGCAUAUGCAAGACGAAUUUUACGCUUGGUUGGCCUGCAAAUCCGCGCGACGCAGUGACCAUCUCACGAUCCUUCCAUGACGCAUCUACAUUCAUUGACAUCUCAACCUCUUUGCCGCGGUCACCCGAUGAACCUGCGUACCUCCGGCCAUCGCCUCCGUAUGUCAGGUCGCACGUUACGUUAUUCGCGUGGUGCAUUCAGCACUUCGGCGCCGCCCCGCUUGUGGCACCUUCUACAUCUGGUACCACCGACGUGGUGCAACGUAGGCGCACAUCUGCGGGAGGCCGAUUGCGGAUUACUUGCUUCUGGCAGCACGACCUUCGCACGGCAUGGACCAUUGGCUCAUCGGCCUCGGCGGCCAUGCAGCAACUGUCUACCAUGGCGCUCGGCUUGCUGAAGACCGUCAUGAAGCGCGGAAAUCGAAUACCGAAGAUCACAGGUUACGGGAAUGGGGUUUCAAUUGAACGAGUUCGAUUUCAGAACGAUCGAGAGGCGUUGACCAUUGAUUACGCCAUCAUUCCGGAUGAGGACGAACCCUCUGCGGUGAACCACGGGAUCGACGAGCUGCAUGCGAUUCGGGAGCAUCGGCGCCUGAGGAGGUCGAUUGAGUGUGUGCUACCUGCGAGUGAAGGAUGGGACGUGCAGGUGUCGACGAAAGCGUCUUCCGAGGAUGUGGAAAACCUUCCGUGGACCGCGCGUGCUAUCCGCAGCAGCUCUUUUGCAUCUCCCCCGACGCCAGAAUCGGAAGAGUCGCGGCCUCUGGAUCAAAUCGUUGUUCGUUUGACGCACUCGCCGCUCAUUGACGAGCACUCGGUACUCAAAGUUCGCGUCGUCGUGGAGAUCUCUGGUCCCACAGCGGGCUUGAGAUUGAACGGGCUCCCUCAGCCAAUCCAAGAAGUGGAAGAACGUGACCCAUCGUCAUAUUUCAUCUCUCAGCAGAUACUUCAGGAUGUGUCUAGCACCGCGGAUCUGAGCUUCAACACAGUGUCAUCGCAAAGCAGCAUGCAUUCCAACAAUUCAGGAUCGAUAGCUCCCAGACCACCGACAGAGCGAUCGACCGCUGCAGAGAAAUCGAUACUAUCCAGGGUCAAACGCAACUACAUCUAUUUCUCGUCGCUGUUACAGGAGCCCGAGGCGAAAUGGAAGCGAACUACCGAAGCCAAAGGAGUCUCAGUUACGCAACUCGAUUCGAUUGAUCCUACUCUCGUUGUCUACCGUGCAGAAGCGACCUUUGUCGGGGUCCCGUUGUGGGAUCUGUACUCUGCCGUCAUUUCUCCUGGAUCUCGUGUUUACUGGGACAAACAGCAUGAAGACGCGAUUUUACUCGAGGAUGUCAAUGAUCUAACUGAAUUAUGGCACAUCAAGACCAAACCAGCCUGGCCAGUCACUGGUCGUGAUUCUGUGGUGCUCCGGACGGUGUACAAGUCACCCACAACAAUACACGUCUUUUCUUUUUCCGCCGACGAACCACAUCUCUUUCCCAACAUUCCUCCUGUUGAUCCGACUGUGAUCCGAACACAAAUUGAUCUGCAGGGUUGGGCCAUUGAAGCGCUCUCUCCGACCACGACAUCGUUGACGCUGCUGGAGCAGUCCGACCCCAAGGGAUGGACGAACAAAACAUCUAUCCCGACGAUGAUGAUCAACACUCUAGCGGGAAUCGGCGAGUUUGCGAUCAAAUGCGGAGGGCCACCUGUGGUGACGCGCUUGGCCGGAGCGAGGGCCAACGAGAUGAGAUAUGACCACGAACGCUCCAGCUUCAAGCUCGAAUACGAGGCGUCCACAAGCAGACAAGGUGGCGGUGGCUCUGAGGCUACGAGCAAUUCGAUCGGGUCCACUGGGAUGCCGGUGAUCGAGUGCGAGCUGAGGUGCGAUAUGGACACCUGGGCGCACUCACUGGACAUAGUUGUGGAUCCACCUCCUCAGUCUUUGUCUUGUCUUCGCAGACACCGCCUGUCGACCGAGGGUGGUGGGUUGUGGCUGAGCCUCACUCACGAUGCGGUCUUCAUUGACGAUGAGCGGCUGCUGGUUUUGGUCCGCCGCGCCCCUGGCAAAGAAAAGGGUCUGGUGAUGGUCAAUGGGUCCAAAGUUUCUGUCGAUGUGGACGAACUACCGGACAGUGAAAUCAAGUCGCUCUCGAAGAGGAAACGAGUCAAGCCAACUCGCAUACCACUCGAUCAGCCGCCGGUUUUGGGUGUGGUCCGGCGGCGAAGAGCAGAGUGGGAUGCGGACUCGGACGAUGCUGCUGGUGCCGACUCCCAGACUCGGUCCAAGACAACUACUCCGCGAAUAUCCAGUCCGUUGUCGCGCUUUUUCACGUUUGCAGUGGACCAAGCGGCUGCUACGACCCAGCAGGCCGUCGCAGCGAUUACGCCCGCAAAUAUCGAGGAGACAGUUCCGUCAUCAAGCAAACAGCCGAUGCAGUAUGGGCUGGAAGCAUUGACUUGGAUGCAGCAAUCCCGUUCUCGUGGCUCGGCCGAAGGCUGGACUUCGCUCAACGACAAGGCGCUCUCGGUCCAUCGAAAACAUUGUCCCGAGAUAUCACCGUCUAUCCACGUUCACAAGGGCGAGAAGGUCAUUCAGGGGGUUUCUGCCGACGAAUUGGCCGCGAUUGUAUCCGAGUUUGACUGCCGGAGAAAGUGGGACGAUCGAUUCGACAAUGCUACCGUUCUCGAGUCGUAUGGAGCGGGGUGCCAGACGGCUUUCGCCGUGUCCAAAGCCGGGUUUCCUUUUCGGGACAGGGGCUUCUAUCUGGCAUCUGUCCUGGCGAGGACUCAUGUGAUAUCAAGGAGGCCGACGGGGGAUGUUGCCGAGCAGUCGAAUGGACCGCGCAAUGCGGUGUUUUACGUGUCUGCUUCCUUCAGCCCGGAAUCCGCAUCCGCGUUUUCCGCGGCAAAGUACAAUCCUAAUGGCUUGCCGAUCGGACGGAUAUUCGUUGAUGGCUGGGUUUUGGAGACCUUGGAUCCCUAUACGAAGGAGAACUACGCAAUCCCCUCGACCCGCUGCACACGCUUUGUUGCCGUUGACUAUGCGGGCUCCAUCCCUGCUGCGUUCAACUCGAUGAAUAAUGCAGCCGCAGCGCGAUCGAUUCUGGCCCUCGAGAGCUUCUUCAAGAGCAUCUCCUCGCUUCCCGUUACUCGUCUUCCGCCUGCGGGGCUUGUCAUUUCCGACAAGUUUGACACACACGAGUCCAUAGCUGAUCUCUCAUGGAAAGUUCGACGGCGAGACGACCAUCACUCUCUAUUGAAUACGACAUUCGCACCCGAGAGUCGUGUCUAUCAAUCGACUAUUUUGCUCAGCCUCAACUCUAGCGGUGUGCUGCCACCCAACAUCUCUGAUGUGACUCCUCGUCCGAGUACCUUCAACCUCGGUUCUCCCGAUUCAAUAGACGCACUUCCUAGCGGUGAUUCGGGUCUAUCGUCGGGUUCGCCAGUUCCACAAUUGUCUCCCUCCUCGACCGUCACACCCUCCGGUUCGCCUCGCCAGCGGAGCGAGUCCAAUGGUUCCAGCAGGAAUCGGUCCGUCAGUGCCUUCACAAUGAAAGGUGAAGUUCGCCAACCCUCAGAUCUGCUUGUUGCGGAAUUGGUCGUCGAUUCGAAGUUGUACCCGGAGGGCUACAAUGUCGUGCUGCGAUCCCGCUUCCGGGUCGAUCUUGUAUCUGGGUCGCACAUUCCUUUUGUCGUCGAGGAUGAGGGCCCCGGCUCGACCGAUGCGCUUCCUUUGGCAGCAACCAUACAUACCAUGCCGUCUUCCCCGCUGCAUUCUUCUGGUUUGACAGCCGACAGGCCGACGAGACAUCUCAUCAAGCUGACGCUCCCGACUGCGCAGUACCAAAUCUCCACUGUCCGGGAUCCGCUCACGGAUGAGCUGCAUGGAGCGCCGCCGAAGCCGCCAUGGUUGCUGUCUCUGGAGGAGGGCGGCGCUAUCGUGCAGAUGGAGGUCCGCCCUGGCGGCAAACGCGGCUCGGUGCUGGUCGAUGUAGAUGGGAAAGAGAUUGCAGUAGUCAACGAGAAGGAGGCGCUGACCAGUCUGGGUCGGGAGGAGCUGCUGGACGAUCGAAUCCCGAGGAUGAGUGUGCUUUCGCGUGUCUCCAACGAGUCGGAGGUCCUCUCUGAACAGCUCAGGGUUCCCACAGCCGUCGCUGUCAAAUUAAUCGAAGCCCCUGCAUUGGAAACGAGCCCUGUGGCUGACCCUGCACACUCGACAGAUUCCGUGACUGCAAGCGACCAGGAAAAAAGCACAGAAACGGCUGGAAUGGCUGUGACGGAUGCUGUGGUCCCGGCACCGGUUUUGGCACACUCGUCGUCGAGCAGUGGUCUGCUGGGGUUUAUGACCCGGCUGGGAACGAGCUCCGGGUCAGGAAGUGCGACUCCUCGGAUUAGGAAGGUUCCGGGAGGAUUGACCGAUAUUGACGCGCCGCAUCCAGCGGCGGCAUCGUCUGGAGUGCCGGUCUCGACCGUAGUCAUCAUUGCACUGAUCGCAUUCCUGAUUGGCUCGCUCCUUCGGUCAUUGCUCUCACCCGCUGACUUUAUCUACCUCGUGAGAGAGCCUGGAGAAGACGAGGAAGCAAGAGGAUGGCGCGAGAUCCGUCGCCUGAUAGAGCUCAAAUAUGUUGCCUGGGGGUAUGAUAUUCACCUCGCCCUCGUCCGCAGACAUGGUGGGCUCGAGUAGUACUAGAUAUUUUCCAUAAUCGACUGGUGAAACGAAG